CCUCUCUACAACUUCUACAAGUCUCUCCAGAAUGGUCGACUUUGACGGCGCUCUCGAGUAUCUCGGGGCUUUUGGAAAGUACCAGAAACUCAUCUACUGCCUAACGUGUGUACUUGCGAUGCCGGUAUCUUUCCACAUGCUCGCUAUGACGUUUUUGGACGCCAAGGUGGCGUUCCACUGUGCCGUCCCGGAGAUACGUCACGCCGAGCCUGGGACGGAGAACUACAGCUGUGCGCUCAACUACUCCAUACCCUGGGAACAAGACCAGGAAACCAGAGUAUGGAAACUAUCUGACUGUAGGAGAUAUAGCGUUAGAAACACCAGCCUGGCGACAGCUGAAUGCCCCUUCGAUGCCAUCAACGAAACGGCCCUCGGCUACUUCGAUGGCGAGAACACGUCAUCCUGUAACCAUGGUUACUGGUACGACAGGAGCCAGUAUCACAGCAGCAUCUUUACUGAGUUCGACCUGGUGUGUGACAGCAAUGAGUUGAACCAGUUCGCCCAGUCCAUGUUCAUGGUAGGGGUGCUGCUUGGAGCUGUCGGCUCCGGACAACUAUCAGAUAUGAUGGGAAGGAAGAAAACCUUGUUCAUCGGCAUCUUCCUUCAGCUCAUCUCCGGAGUAGCCGUGGCCUUCUCUCCCAACUAUGCGUUCUUCGUCGUCUUCCGAGCACUGGUCGGCGUCUCCACUUCUACUGUGUUCCUGCCAGCUUUUGUCAUAGGUACAGAACUCGUGGCCUCCAGCAUGAGAACAUGGGCGGCGACUCUGAUCGAGAUUUUCUUCGCCGUCGGUUUCAUGCUGCUGGCACUCAUAGCGUACCUCAUCAGGGACUGGAGGACUUUACAACUUGCUAUCAGUUUACCGAAUGCAGCCUUUCUCUUCACUUAUCCUUUGAUCAUUGAGUCUCCAAGAUGGCUGCUGUCCAAAGGUCGUGACGAGGAAGUGGCCGCCAUUAUGCGGACAGCCGCCAAGGUCAAUGGGGUCACACUGCCAGAUGAGGUUUUCACAACCAAGAAAGUCGAUAUUGAAAAGCCAGCAGAUGAGAGAACAUACACUGUGAUCGACCUUGUGCGGACACCAAAUAUGGCGAAAAAGUCUCUACUAAUUUUCUUCAACUGGCUGGUGAUCACAUUAGUGUACUACGGUCUGUCUCUAAACACCUCCAACCUGGGAGGGGACGACUACCUCAACUUCUUCAUCGGCGGUGCUGUGGAAAUACCGGCUUAUGUUUCGUCUAUAUAUGUCGUCGACACUUUUGGAAGACCAAAGACACAUGCCGGUUACAUGAUGAUCGGAGCUGUGGGCUGUAUAGUAUGUCCAUUCCUCACGGCACCGUACCUGCCGGAACAUCUGAACCCGCUGUCCGUCACCAUGGCCAUGAUUGGUAAGUUCGGCGUCACCGCUGGCUUCAACAUCAUCUACCUGUGGACGGCGGAGCUGUAUCCGACUAUGGUCAGGAAUAUGGGAGUUGGAGCCUCGUCCAUGUUCGCACGUGUAGGCGGGAUCAUCUCACCGUACGUGGAGCUGUCCAAGAGUGUGUGGGGUCCUCUCCCGUAUAUCAUCUUCGGGGCGCUGUCCUUCCUGGCCGCCCUGGCAGCGCUGCUUCUCCCGGAGACGCUCGGUGCAGAGCUUCCCGUCACCCUGGAGGAUGGGGAAAACUUCGGAAACAGUAAUUCAACGUCUGCCAAGGAAAAUACCCAGGACAAAACAGACGGAAGUAGGAUAAACCCAGCAUUCUCCCAUGAUGCACCAGAAACCGGAAGAAUGACGAAAGGGGCUCUUUCUGAUCUUCGUGGUCCAUUUGAGACGAUACAUGUUACCUCAUUGUGACAAGCUAUCUUUUGUUUAGUAUUGAGACGUAGACGUAAGGCCUGGGAAAAUGUAGUAACCAACCGUCCCCAGCAAAAACCUUUCUGGUCGUCUGCUGCAGCAAAGAGCAUAACAUUUACGAUCCGAUCUAGGUGAAGAACUUAAAUACAGACCUCCUGUAUUUCACACUGUUAACAUGCUUUGACAAGUUGAUAUAAUCAUGUGUAGAACAUUGUAUUUCUUCGUUCAGUUUAUUGAUAUAUAUUUUUAGGUUAUGGCAAUAAAGCAGAAGUACACUUUCAGUAAUGUAAUAAUGCGAUAUCUUGCUGCAUCUACAAUGGAGUCUAAAGUAUACUUAUAUGUAACGUAAAGGUUAAAUUUGCUUCGUAGGACAGUUGGAGAUUACAGUACAUGAUUUACCUAGUUGCAUAAGGAACAUCAACAACAUGAAUCUAUCUGUGCUAUAUCAAUAUCGAAAAGUAGUUGAAGAGGAUAUUUUCAUAAUUGUAUGACGUCAAGUGAACAGAAAAGGACCCCAUAUUUUAUCGUCUUUAAGUUUCCAUAUGCGCAUUUCAUGGAGAGAGAAUGUACCAAAGUAGGCAAUAUCAAGUACAUUUCAUGUACUCAGCUACAUUUCAUGUACUCAGCUUAGCGCUCAUUAAUUUUCAGCUGAUAUUACAAAAAAUCCCUUCAUAGAUAGUCAGCAUAACUAGAAAGUAGUGCACGAGUAGAAGUAACAGUAGUGACGCAACCAUGACUAUACGUAAAUAAGUAAAACUAGUUAGGUAGUUAUAAAAGUGAUACAUGUGUGGCAGCUAUGAAUG